GUAAAUUUUUCGCCGAAAACCGACAAACGUCUACAAUUUGGUUAUAGUGUAAUAGUGAAAAAUAUUGAAAAUAAUUAAUAAAAGCAUGCAAUGUUGCAAUUAGACGUAAGGCAAUACUAAUUUGCAUAUGAAGCUUGUGAAAAACAAACAAUAAUUGCCACGUACAUCAAACUGCCUGCAAUUGAAGAAAAUACUUCUCCAUUGUGUGAGUGCGUGCGUGUGUGCGUGUGAAGAAGUCAAAUAUUUAAUUUUUAUGUAAAAUCUACAUAAGAACUAGUGGACACAACUUUCGUAUCUUGAAACUUACAAUAUUGAUUGUAAUAUAGCAGUGCAAUGAGUGCAACGCCACCAGAUUUGUUGCACUUACCGGUGUCAACCGGGUCAGGGAAGGAUAAGGAAUCCAAUGGUGGGGGCAAUGAUGAUUACCGCAGCCGGGGUGGAGAUAAAGAACGUUCGCGAUCCAGAGAUCGUGGCAGAGACAAGGAUAAGGACAGAGAGCGAGAGAAAAAACGCAGAGACCGUGAUCGCAGCAGCAAGGAUCGCGAUAGUAGGCGGCGCGAUAGUCGCGAACGUGAUAGAGAUCGUGACCGGGAGCGCGAUCGUGACUCACGCUCGCAUCGCAGUCGUUCGCGCAAUCACGAUGACUACGAUAGGCGCAAGAAACGCUCACGCAGCAGGGAUCGCGAUCGUAGUCGACGAGAUCGCGAUCGCGAUUCACGCUCAAGGCGCAGCAGUUCACGCGGCGGUGGCAGCAGUCGCGAUGAUUACGAUCGCAGUCGCAGGAGGCGCUCGAGUAGCCGCGGCUAUGAUCGGCGUCGCAACGAACGCAGUCAUGAGUCAAGUCGGAAUAGUCGGGAACGUAGCAGUCGGGAGCGCAGUAGCCGGGAACGCACAUAUGUGAAUCCCUUUGACACGUCCAACAAUCGCAAUUCACUUCAUGAACAGGACUCUCGAAUCCCUUCUCUAUUUGAGCGGCACCAGCAGCAACCGCAGCUGGAUACCAUAAGAGAAGAGAGUGCUGGAAUUGGAGGACGCUUUGAUCUCUCGCAGACCAUUCAUGAACUGAUGAACAAUGUGAGUGGCAACAAGAGUUUUGCUGCCAUGUUUAGCAGUCAGAAUAGCAAUGAUUCAAUGAGCAAUGGACUUUCGGAGAAUUCACUGGAUAGUGCUGCGGAACGUAAGCGCAAGAGGAAAUCACGCUGGGGCGGCACCGAAAAGGACAAGACAUUUAUACCGGGUAUGCCGACAAUUUUGCCAUCGACACUGGAUCCGGCACAGCAGGAGGCCUACUUAGUUCAAUUUCAAAUCGAGGAGAUCAGCCGUAAGCUGCGCACUGGCGAUUUGGGCAUCACACAGACACCGGAAGAAAGGUCUCCAUCUCCGGAACCAAUCUAUAGCUCUGAUGGCAAGCGGUUGAACACACGCGAGUUUCGCUAUCGCAAACGCCUGGAGGAACAGCGUCAUCAGUUGAUUGUCAAGAUGCAGGCCGUUAAUCCCGAGUUCAAGCCGCCAGCUGAUUACAAGCCACCUGUGACUCGCGUCAGCGAUAAGGUUUUGAUACCACAAGAACAGCAUCCAGAUAUCAAUUUUGUGGGACUGUUGAUUGGACCACGCGGCAACACGUUGAAGGCCAUGGAAAAAGACACCGGCGCCAAGAUUAUCAUACGCGGCAAAGGCUCUGUCAAGGAGGGCAAAGUGGGUCGCAAGGAUGGCCAACCGUUGCCCGGUGAAGAUGAGCCGCUGCAUGCCUUUAUCACUGCGCCCAAUCCCGAGGCGGUGCGCAAGGCAGUGGACAAGAUAAAAGACGUUAUACGUCAGGGCAUCGAGGUGCCCGAGGGUCACAAUGAUUUGCGUCGCAUGCAGUUGCGUGAGCUGGCCCAGCUCAAUGGCACAUUGCGCGAGAAUGACAUACAGCGCUGCACCUGCGGCUCCACGGAUCACAAGUCGUGGCAGUGCCCCGACAAACCGAUCAUCACCAACACCAUUGUAUGCACCUCGUGCGGCGGCACUGGCCAUUUGACUAAAGAUUGUCGCAACAAGCGUCCAGGUUCCGGGGCACCAGGCAUGGCUUGCGAGGAUUCGCAGGCCAAGAUCGAUGAGGAGUACAUGAGUUUGAUGGCCGAAUUGGGUGAGGGACCGCCGCCAUCGGCGCCUAAACCCGAGGCACCAGCUGCACCUCAAUUGCAUCGUGCCAGCUACAGCAUCUUCGACAAGAAGCCCACGCAAAUGCAAGCCAUACAAUCGCCGCCCAACUCCACGUCGCGGGAUCAUCAACGUGACAUGGGAGGUGGAGGUUGGGGUGCGCCACCGCCUGAGCAUCACAUGGGCAUGGAUCCUAGCAUGGGUGGCAUGGAUCAUGGAAUGGCUGGCAUGGCGCCAUAUGUGCCAGCUCCGCCAGUGGGUCAAGCACCGCCUCCGAUGCCACCGCCGCUGAUGCCUUGGAUGAGUGCACCACAGCCACCGCCGCCGGCCUCGGAGCCCAUGAAUCCGCCUAUACCGGGCACAUUGCCGCCUCUGAUACCGCCGCCACCGGGUACAAGUGCACCACCGAUGCCUCCAUGGGCUGGUGGUUAUCCUGGUUGGGGAGGCGGAUAUGCGCCGCCGCCACCUCCGCCGUGUGCACCGCCACCACCUUCAAUAAGCUUGGCGCAGCCGCCACCACCGCCGCCGCCAUCUAAUUGAUGAUGCACACGCGCAUCGCAACUUUAGCAUGCUUCACACACAAUUAAUUAAUUGAAUUUGCAGUCUUUGACCUUUGAUUUACAAAUCAGAUCGGAUCU